ACCCACUUACCCAGUGAUGUAAGUUUUCUCUCGCUCUCUUUGUGGAGGAAUUUUCUGGCCUUCCUGACUAUCCAGGUGAAUAUAGAGCUAGUGAAUAGUUGAGUAAGUUUUGUUGGGUGUGAGUGGAACAUGUUGAAGCAAGUUUUUGGAAAGGUUUUGAACAAGGGUUUUUUUGCAAAUGGAGGAGAUAAGUUAAGGCCUGGGUUGUAUGUGCCUAAUACUGGAUUCCACAAUGGACAGGCUCAUUGUGCACCCAGAAGCUUUUUUGGGGUGGAAGAUUUCCUUGAUGAUGAUAACAGCAGGCCAUACACGUACCAGAAAGGGAAAAAGUCGAAGAACCCAAACAAGCAUUUAUCAUUUAAACAGCGGACUGUAGCAUACAUGGAGCCAUUUACACUUGAUGUUUUUAUUUCAAAGCGUUUCGUUUCAGCAUCGCUCACUCAUAGAGUGACCAGUAAGCAGGUAGCAGUUGCUGGUACCAACUCUAAAGACAUUAAAGCUGUGCUCAAGUCCCGCUCAGACAUUCCUGCAUGUUUAGCCGUUGGGCAAAUCUUAGCUGAUAGAGCGAGAGAAGCUGAUGUAUAUACUGCCUCUUAUACUCCGAGGGAAAGGGACAAGUUUGAAGGAAAGAUCAGAGCAGUGGUUCAGUCUCUCAUUGAUAAUGGGAUUGAUGUUAAAAUUUAUCUUGACUGAACAAGUCACAUCUGUUUUUGAUAUUUCUCGUAUUGAAUUGUUGGAAAAUGGUGUUUGUAACUUUGUGAAUAUAAAGGAUAUGAUCACCAUAAGUUUUGGCACUGAGAAUUGAAAGAAGUGAAUGUGCUGCUCUUGACAAA